CGAGACGUGCGGCUUCUCGACGCGGCGUGGACGCACCGCCUCAACGUGCGCACCGUCGCGCAGGCCGUCGGCGGGCCGACUGCAAGCUGCUCGGACGAGCGCGACACGGCCGAGGCUGAGGCCGGCGCGCGGCUGCUCUGCCUGCUCGCGCCGCAGCACCGCGCCGCGCCGCCGCAGACGCACGCGCCGCUGCUGACGCCGCCGAUCGAGGUGGAGGAGCUGGGCGCGCCGCCGUCCCACGGCUUUCGGCUCGCGCUGGCGGGCGCCGCGCCGACGGGUGCGGCUGAGAAGGAGGAGGCCCCGCGCAAAAAGUGCCUCAGCGCGCUGCUCCGGCUGAGCGCGUGCGCGCUCGAGGAGUCCGCAAAGUGGGGCGGCGCCGUCGGCGCCGCCGGCAAGCUCUACAAGCAGGGCGAGCUCGACGCGGCCAGCCCGGCCCCGCCUCCCGACCAUGCCGCGUACAGCCUCGCCGGCUGCUCGCCGUACGCCCCGAGCCAGCUCGCCCACGCGGGCCUGCGCGCUGUCGGCCUCCCGCCCAUCGAGCAGAAGUACCUGCCGUCGGGCGUGCCGACUGCGCAGGCGCGCUGCGUCGACUGAGCAGGCGCCGCCCCGAGUCUCGUCCCGGGUGCUACCAGCUGGGCGCUGCUGGCACCUCGACCCGACUCGGCGCGUCCUCGACCUCUCGCCGCAGCGCCGCCGCAGCGCCGCGGCGUCUCGCAUGUCGCGUCCGAGAGAGCGCUCUGCCGCGCUCCGACGCGGUUUCUUUUGCGCUCUGACGCGGUGCCGCGCUGCCUGCCGCGCGCCCGUGCCGUCUCUGGAGUUUCUGCGCCCCCCAUGGACCCCCCCCCCCCUCCCCCUCCUCGUGGCCGCUGAGAGGCCGGCCGGGCCGGGGAGAGCGGUGCACUGCGCCGCACACCCCCCUCGAACUCCGGAUCCUCGCACUGUCUUGUCACCACUGCCCAGUGCCGCGGCGGCGCAGCAUCGCCACCCGGCGGGAGGCCGUACCUCUCUCCCUCUGUGGGCUUGCCCCCGACUGUACGUUAUUGGACGCCCGCUGCUCGGAUCUUGUGUACGUGCUGCGCGCGCGCGUCCCUACUCGUCCCCACCUUUCGGACUUCUCGCACGCAUGUGUGUGUGUCGCGCGCGUCUUGGGGUUUUCUUACGUUCCGCCGGCUCACGUCAUGUUAUAUGCCUUCAUGAUAUGUACCAAAC